UCCAAGCGAACAGGGCAGCGGGGCUGCUGCCUCCGAGAGUGGAAGCGCUUCCCCUUUCUUGCGGGCUGGGCAGACGCAGCACUUCCGUUUUCCCCUGCAGCCCCGCUUGAAUCCGGCCGCCCCAUCCCUCGCAGGAAUUCAUGACCCCCAGCCAAGCAGGGGUUAUCCAGUCAAUCACGUCCCCCAGCGUUGGGCGUGGGGAAAGCCAGGUCCCAGGCAUGCAAAGCUGAGGCUGUUCCAAACACGGGCUUUAGGCUGGCCAGCAGCCCCUCAUGACAAGGGUCGUCCCUUGUCUCUGCAUCUCUGUACAGCAAGAUCAGGAGUUGCCGUGUGCUGCAAAAAGCAGCAAGAAAUGCCCUGUAAAUGCAGUAGGAACAUUUGAUAGAACGGAAGAAUUUCAUUGUUUAGAAAUUAACCCAUUCAUACGCCUUAUUCUGAAUUCAGUACACUCCCUUUGAUACAUCACAUCUGUUUGUAGUGGGAAUAUUUUUAAGGUUACAAACUGAGAAAGAAGGAGCAGCAGAUUAAUUUUUAAGUAACAAAGUUCCUAUCUUCAUGAAAAACAACAAGUAGAGACGGAAAAAAAGAAAACAGAACAUAUUAGAUCAGAGCUGAAUUGUUUCAAAACAGAAUAUUUUUCAGUUUUCCAUUAGGAGUCUGUGACUACAUUUUAUUUGAUAGUUUCAGUACGUUUCUGUUACAUAUACAAUAGAACCUCGCCGACACGAACACCAGAGUUACCAACCAACUGGUCAACUGGUCCACACAUCUCAUUUGGAUCCAGAUUUACGCAAUCAGGCAGCACCAGACGGAGAAAAAAAGCAAAUACUGUGUGACUAAGCAAAAUGGCAAGCAGUAGGAAGCGCAAACGUGUCACGCUUUCGAUUGACACAAAACUAGAAAUAUUAAAAAAACUCGACAGUGGUGUUAGCCUCAGCAACAUAGCAGUAGAAUAUGGUAUCGGGAAGUCAACCAUCACCGAUAUUCGGAAAAGCCAGGAAAAAAUAAAGCAAUUUGCAAAAGAAGCCAAAGACAACGGGACAGUAAAAAGCAGGUGUAUUGUACGCAAGGCUGCUGAUGAUGCUUUUGAUAAGGCAAUGCAUCUGUGGUUUGCACAAGAGAGAUCAAAAGGCACUCCUAUAAGUGGUGUCAUGGUUACAGAGAAGGCAAAGAUACUCUACCGAGAAAUGUAUCCAGACAAAGGUGAGAACCAUUUUAAAGCAAGUACAGGGUGGCUUUGUCGGUUCAAAAAUCGGCAUGGAAUACGUCAGUUGAGGGUGCAAGAAGAGUUUCUAACAAGUGACUGGAAUGCUGCUGGUGUAUUUAAAAACAUUUUCAAAUCAUUUAUUGAACAGCACAAACUUACCCGGGACCAAGUGUUUAAUUGCGACGAGACAGGCUUGUAUUGGCGUCUGCUUCCAAACAAGACUCUGGCAGACAAUUCAGAAAAACAGGGGAAGAAUUUCAAAUCCAGUAAAGAUCGGGUCACACUGAUGGCUACUGCUAACGCAAGUGGGGAUUUCCGUCUCCCAUUGGUGUUCAUUCAUAAAAAGGCGAAACCUCCCUGCUUUGCAAAUGUCACUAUGUCAGCUCUACCUGUCCAUUACUACAGCCAGCGCUGUGCUUGGAUGGAUAAAGGCAUUUUCUCUGACUGGUUUUUUAAACACUUUGUUCCACUUGUGAAAGACUACCUUACCUCAAAAUCGUUACCUAUCCGAGCUGUGCUACUGAUGGACAAUGCUCCAUCUCACCCUGCCAUUGAAAAUCUAUUGACAGAAGAUGGAAGCAUUCGCUGUUUGUUUUUGCCACGAAAUGUCACCAGCCUCAUUCAGCCAAUGGACCGAAGCAUUCUGGAAAACAUGAAAUGUCGAUACAAGCGAAACCUCUUACAGCGAUUAUUACUGGGAUCAAUGCAAUUUGAAUCUUACACAGAUUUUUGUAAACAGCUGACAAUCAAAGAUGCUGUCUACAUGUGUGCCGAAUCCUGGAGUGAGAUUACCUCUGAGUCUUUGAGACGCUCAUGGAAUACACUUUGGCGGUGUAUUGAUAACACUGAACCAGAUAAUUUGGAAAAUAAUGAGCAGAUGGAAAUAAAUCAACUAGAUUUUUCUGAAGAGCGACAGCUUUUGGAUAUCACCAUGGAGGAACAGGAGGAAUGGCUAAACACAGAUAAACAUGAGAAUGGACACCCUAUUCUUAGUGACCAUGAGAUAAUUAAAUUGGUGCGAGAAACAGCACAACCGGACAGUGACAGCGACAAGGAGGGGGAGAACGCCAAGAAGAUCCCACACAUGCAAGCAGAAGAGUGCUUCACUGCCUGUCUUCAGUGGCUUGAACAACAGCCUGAAGCCACACCAAUUAACCUAAUGAUGCUUCACAAGCUACGCACCUUGGCAGCAAAAAAACUUGUUAGCAAUCUCAAGCAAAGUACAAUUAAAGAUUUUUUCAAGUCUACAUAGUUUAUGCUGUAAAGUUAAGCACGAAAGUUAAGUUUGGAUACUUUUUUUUAAUUGUCAUUAUAAAGACUAGUGUCGGUACGUUUUGCUGCAUCAUUUUUUUUAGUGCUGUUUGAAUGAACAUUGAAAUUGGUGGGCCUUUAUGUUGGCUUUUUUAUUUCAUGGAUAACUGACACUAAAAAAGAAGCAAGAGAAAUUACUUAAAAUUGAAAUAUAGUACCAUGUUAACCGUAAACUACUAAAAAAAAGGAAAGUUU